GAACAGAACCUUAUUGACUGCUCCAGGGAUCAUGGAAAUGAAGGUUGCAAGGGUGGAUUGAUAGACGCGGCUUUCAAGUACAUUAAAGAAAACGGUGGGGUAGAGACGGAGGAGAGAUACCCAUACGAAGGAAAGGAAGCAGAGUGUCGCUAUGAAUAUCCAGCACCUGUAGCAACUGUGAUGGGAUAUCAAUUCGUCUUGCCGAGAGGGGAUGAGGAAGCGCUCAAGAAAGCUGUAGCUACUAUUGGUCCCAUCGCCAUUGCUAUCGAUGGCUCGUCCAAGUCCUUCCAAUUAUAUAGAGAUGGCAUUUAUUUUGAUUCGGAGUGCUCCAGUGAAGUCCAGACUCAUGCACUCCUUCUUGUCGGAUAUGAUGUGGAUGAGAAAACUGGGAUCGAAUAUUGGCUGGUGAAAAAUUAUUGGGGUACCAACUGGGGCGAUGAGGGCUUUGCAAAAAUUGCUCGCAAUCGCGACAAUCACUGCAGUGUGGCAUCGCAUGCCAUAUACCUUCUAGCUAAUAGCUUCAUUCCGACU